AUGCGCUUCUCGUUUUACGCCGUGGUUCUCACCCUUCUCAUGUUGUUCCCCAUGGCGAUGACCCUGGCGGUGCCCGUGGGUGCCGAGUUUAGUCCGGUUCUGGCACUGGGACGCUUCACCACCGUGACGGCAGUCAGAAUCUCUCAGCCCGCAGCCUUCACGCCGGCCCGGACCGAAGUGGCUGUAUCGGUGGGUGGUAGUGGUGGUGGUGGUGGUGGUACUGGCACCCAUAUGGACAAGGGGCACAGAGAAACCCUGACUGUUCCCACCGUCCCUCCGUCCACGUCCGCAGCCGUGGAAGGGAGCCUCCCAGUCCCGUCGUCCAGUUCGUUCAGGUCGGUGGCGGUGGCGGCGCCGCGAGAUCACGGGUUCCCACCAGUGUCAUGGAUGGACUUGGUCGCUGAGGUUGUUGUUGUUGACUUCAUCGACAAAAGUGUUUCCAUCGCGAUUGACGGGGUGGGCGACAAUCUUCCCACCAACGCCCGUCCCAGCCACAACCACACGCUCGCCAUCCGAGACAACAACGACGACGACGACGACGACGACGUCGCCGCCAGGAAGAUGCAGUAUCCCAACGGACAGCCCGACAAGGACACCCGGCGGUGCCCCCACGGCCAACACGCGAAGCAAAAGCUGGGCGUCGCGGAAGUCAAGCCCAAUGGCUGCGGCGUCGGCUUCUUCGCGGGCAUGAUCCCCGGCAACGGCAAGUUUGGCAAGUGCUGCAGCAACCACGACAUUUGCUUUGCCAACUGCCCUACGGACAAAGUGCACGACUGCAACGACGACCUCCUGCGGUGCAUGACCGACGUCUGCGAGCACCGCGGCGGCGGCUUCAUUGGCUGGCUGAAGAAGCAGUGGUGCUUUGUCGAGCGGGACCUGUACGACGAGACGGCCCGGGGCCCCAGCGCCCGGGAUCAUUUUAUGGAAGUGUCGCGCGACCGGUGUUAUUGUGUUCAAGAUGGGAUGUGA